AUGGUAAACAACUCGCGCUUUUUAGGAACCCCAGAGAGUGCUUCAAUGGAGAUCUUAUCAUCCCAGUUGUUCCCUGAGAUAGUAACAGAAGAAACACUACAUCAUAUGUAUCAACAUCAUCAAAUGAACGCCUUCGAUUUCCCUCUUGAAGAUUUCGACUCCAAACUUUUCUCUUCAGAAACGUACUCCCCUUCAGAAACGACACGAGGUCUCAUGGAUCUGCCAGUCGAAGUUGCUCCAACAAUCAUGGAGAGGCCAAUGAAGAUGCCGAAGACUGAGAGAUGGAGCAACUCUUGCUCGCCCGGAACAUACAAAGCCCCGACAAUGGUGAUGUCCUCGCCGUCAUCUAGCUCCCAGUUGAUAUCUUUUGGGAGCUUGGAUUCUUUCCCAACUGAAUCGCAGCAGAUUUACGGUGCUUAUAAGAUCCAAGAUUGUCAAACAGAGACAGACAGAACUGGCCCAAUGAGUAGACCACCUAUGCAUACACGAAAACACCUGAUUGCUGAGAGGAUGCGGCGUGAGAAGCUUAGCCAGAGCUUCAUUGCUCUCUCUGCUAUCAUUCCUGGCCUUAAAAAGAUGGACAAAGCAUCAAUCCUCAGUCAUGCAAUCAACUACAUGAAGCAGCUUCAAGAACGCGUCAAGAAACUCGAGGAAGAAGUUGCAAUCAGGACUGUGGAAUCAGUUGUGAUUGGAAAGAAGUCUCAGGUCUCGGCAUAUGAUGAUAUGUUCUCAUUAGAUGAGAACUCUAACCACUUUGAGCAACAACUCCCUGAGAUCGAAGCAAGGGUCUUGGAUAAACAUGUUCUUCUUCGAAUCCAUCAUGAGAAACGAAAGGGACGCACGACGGAGAUACUUAGAGAAAUAGAGAAGUUGAAUCUAUCUAUUCUUAAUAGCAGUGUAUUAUCGUUUGGGAGUUCCAUACUAGAAAUGACAAUCGUAGCUCAGAUGGACGUUGACUUCUGCAUGAAUAUUGAGGAUCUCGUCAAGAAUCUACGAUCCUCUAUCCUUCGCUACAUGGUCCAUCGCCUCCCGAAUCCACAGUACCACAAAGGAUUAGACUCGCUUAAGAACACGUAA